CAACAAGCAGAAGGAAAUUCAGAAAAACUACUAAAAAAUCUCUAAAAAAACUACUAAAAAACCUUUAAAAACCCAAAAAAAACAUCAUUACUAUUAAAUAUAAGAUCAUGGCCACUUCUGCACCUACUACUACUGCUGCUCCUACCAUGUCCGCUUCUGCUGCCGCUGCUGCCGCCGCUGCCGUUACUGUACCAGUCGCUACCACAGGCACUGUUCAAGGCGCUGAUGCUUCCUUUGCUCACCAGCAGCAGACUGCCUUUACCGGAGCUGCUGCUCCUAUCAUGACCGGUGCAACUCCUGCUUCGCUGUACAUUGGUGACCUUGAGCCAUCUGUUACUGAGGCUAUGCUUUUCGAGGUCUUCAACAUGGUUGGCCCUGUCGCUUCGAUUCGUGUUUGCCGUGACGCUGUCACCCGUCGCUCUCUUGGAUAUGGCUAUAUCAACUAUCUUGAUAUUGCUGAUGCAGAGCGUGCUCUUGAUACGCUCAACUACACUACUGUUCGUGGUAACCCUGUUCGAAUUAUGUGGUCCAACAGAGAUCCCGCCUUGCGUCGUGCUGGCACUGGCAACAUUUUCAUUAAAAACUUGCACACCACUAUUGACCACAAGGCUCUGCACGACACCUUUUCUGCUUUUGGAAAAAUUCUGUCCUGCAAAAUUGCCAUGGACGGUGAACGUUCUCUUGGUCAUGGUUUUGUCCACUAUGAGACUAUGGAAAUGGCAGAAAAUGCCAUCAAGCAUGUCAAUGGUAUGUUGCUUAACGACCAACAGGUUUAUGUUGGUUUGCAUAUUUCCAAAAAGGAACGCAGCUCUACUAUUGAGGAGAAGCGCUCUAAAUUCACCAACAUCUAUGUCAAGAACAUUGAUGCCUCUGUUGAUCAAAAGGCUUUUGAAGAGAUGUUCCAUCCCUUUGGUACCACCGUUUCUUGUGUGUUGAUGGUCGAUGAAGAAGGAAAUUCCAAAGAGUUUGGUUUUGUCAACUAUGAAAACCACGAGGACGCUCGUCGUGCUGUUGAAGAGAUGCACGAAAAGGAAAUUGGCGGUAAGCAGAUCUACGUUGGUCGUGCUCAAAAGAAGUUUGAGCGCGAGGAGGAGUUGCGUCGUCAGUACGAGAAAAUUCGUGAAGAAAAGCUUUCCAAGUACCAAGGUGUCAAUCUAUUUGUUAAAAACAUUGACGAGUCUAUUGAUGACGAGAAACUCCGCCAAGAGUUUUCUGUCUUUGGUGCCAUUACCUCUACCAAGAUUAUGGUCGAUGAAAAGACUGGAAUUUCCAAAGGAUUUGGAUUCGUGUGCUUUUCCAACCCUGACGAGGCUACCAAGGCCGUGACCGAGAUGAACAACCGUAUGCUGGCCAACAAGCCCAUUUACGUUGCUCUCGCUCAGCGCAAAGAAGUUCGUCGCCAGCAGUUGGCCGCUCAGAUGCAGCAGCGUGCCAUGAGGGCCCACCAGCAAAUGAUGCCUCCUGGCUAUCCAGGUGCAUCCAUCUUUUACCCUCCAGGUGGAGUUCCUCCCCAGGCUCGUGGUUACUUCAACCCCCAGCAAGCUCAACAACAGAUGAUGGCACGUCCCCGCUGGACUGGUCCUGGACAGCCUCCUCAUAUGCAGCAGCCCGGAUUCCCUCCCCAGCAGAUGCCUCCUCACAUGCAACAGCCUGGUUUCCCACCCCAGCAACAGCCAUAUGCCAUUGUGCCUGCCACUCCAGGUGCUCGACCUCCUCGUCAGACUCGUCCUGCUGGAGGUCGUGGUCAGGCUAUCCACCACCAAGGUAUGCAAAUGCCCAUGAUUCAACAGCCAGGUGCUCGUCCCCUUGCUGGCUACGGUCAGCCAGGUGCUGCAGCGGGUGGUGUGAUGCCUGCCAACGUCGCUGCUCGUGGACGCGGCGCAGGCUUCAAGUACGCUCCUAAUGUCCGUAAUGCACCUGCCACUGGCGGAGCGGCCGAUGCCGCCGGAUCUGCUACUGCUACCGGUGGUGCAGCUACUCCCGCUCCUGCUGCCGCUGGGCGUCCCGUUUUGAAUGCUGCUACUUUGGCAUCUAUGCCUCAGGAUCAGCAGAAGCGUGCUCUCGGUGAAGUACUUUUCCCACUUGUCCAUGCUCAAUCUCCCCAACUUGCUGGAAAGAUUACUGGAAUGCUGCUUGAAAUGGACAAUGGUGAGCUUCUUCAUCUGCUCGAGUCUCCUGAAACUCUUGCUUCCAAGGUCAGCGAGGCCAUGAUUGCUUUAGAAGAGCAUAUGCGCGAGGCUGCUGCUACCACCGAGGAUGCUUAAGUUGGCAGAUAUUUCUUAGAUCUGAUACAUGGUCUACAUUCCACUGUUUGACCAGCCCUAUUGUCUUUUACUUUCAUUACUUUUCCCGCUUGCACACAUACUUUGCAUUUUCGUUAUAUGACGGCGACCAUUAUUACUAUUCCUAGUCGCUAAACUGUUUUGCUAAAGCUAAUACAGAUGGAUUGUUUUUUUUUCAAUCCAACAACUCAAACAUCAUCACUCAAGUUUUUCAUCCGAAUUUACUUCCAUAUAUUGUUCUUUUUAAAGCGAAUUCAUAUCAUUUAGCUUCAAUGAAAUUAUUUAAAAAGGUCGGUAUUGUUGAGAGAGCAGCCACCAAUCAAU